AUUCACACAGAACAUAACGCCGUUCACGUUUAAAUCAAGCAAUUUCUCAUGGCGUUAAACAUUCGAGAAUUACAUAAAACGUCCGAUGAGAUAAUUGACUCGAAUUCUAAGCAGUUAUUUGAYCUCAAUCAUAARAUUUGGCUGAAACCCGAGCUUGGUUAUGAAGAACAUUAUGCUCAUGAAGUUCUCACUGAGUUUUUAUCGUCGAAAGGCUUCAAAGUCGAGCGUCAUUACAAGCUAAAAACAGGGUUUAGAGCAGAGUUUGGAAAUGGAAAUGGUCCAACAGUAGCAGUUCUUAGCGAAAUGGACGCUUUACCUGAUAUCGGUCAUGGAUGUGGGCAUAAUUUGAUCGCUGAAUCAGGAGUCGCCGCGGGACUCGGAAUUAAAGAGGUUCUAGAGAAGACAUCUCUCCSUGGCAGGGUUGUUGUCAUCGGUACUCCUGCCGAGGAGGGAGGGGGUGGUAAAGUYGAUCUUAUAAAUGCUGGAUGUUUCAAGGAUGUGGAUUUUUGUAUGAUGCUACAUCCAGCACCUUUUGAAGUGCCUUUUUACAAAUGUCAAGCCAACAAUGAGGUUUUCGCUACAUUCCAUGGCAAAUCUGUUCACGCUGUAGGUCAGACGCACAAAGGUAUAAAUGCUUUAGAUGCAGCAGUGAUGGCUUAUAAUAACAUCAGUCUACUGAGGCAGCAGUUCAAGCCAACCUGGUCUGUUCAUGGGAUCUUCACUGAGGCGGGGAAGAAACCAAACGUUAUUCCUGAAAGAGCACAAUUGCAUUACUUCGUACGAACAACUUCUAAUAGGGAUUCAGAAUAUUUGAGAUUAAAGGUCCAAAAGUGUAUGGAAGGAGCAGCAGCAGCCACGGGGAGUACAGUCGACAUUAAAUGGGAACCAAACGCUUUCGCAGCGAUCGAAACCAAUGUCAUUCUUGCUCAGACAUACCAGAAGCACUCAGAAUCACUAGGYGUUGAAUUUCCACUUUCACGUGAAGAGCAGGAAGCGAUCAUCGACGGAUCAACCGACAUGGGUAAUGUCACUCUAGAAGUACCUGGUAUUCACCCGUUGUAUUGCAUCAAGCCAGAUUUGCCCUAUCACUCCAAUGAAUUCCGCGAAUUCGCAGAGACAAAGGAAGCCCACGAAAGGACUUUGACGGCAUCCAAGGCAAUCGCGAGAACAGCUAUAGAMGUUUUAGCUGAUAGYGGUUUAAUGCAAGAAGUUAAGAAAGAAUUCAACCAAAUGAAGUCAAGAUACUAAUUCAACUUGACUGAAUUCAAUUUAUGACGGCACAAGAGAAGUUCAAACACGACGAGGCUCUWAAAAAAAAACUUCAAAGCGUCCUAAAUAUACAUAAAAAUAACAUAAUCUGUUCAUUAACUUUUAAUACAUUCAAAUACAAAAUAAUUGUUAUUUUUUGAUUAAAGUGAUUAAAAUUUUUUGUUAUUUU